AGAACUCCAAGGUUACUUCCAGUACCAGCCAAAACAUCAGUCUGUGUAUCAAUUUUACUUCCGUCAAGCAACUCGCUAAACUCAAUACAAUGGCUGCCUUCGCAAACCAAGGCCGCUCCAAAAUCCGCUCCAACUUCAUCAUUUAGUGCUUCCGCCAGCAAGCCCCUCUCUCGCCCUGCAUUCAGGCUUCCAGUCGAGAUGAGCUCUGCGGUGGAAUCCAUGCUGCCUUACCACACUGCUACUGCCUCAGCAUUGAUGACCUCGAUGCUUUCCAUCUCUCAGCGUGGUUAUGGAUGGCUUCCUGAAGGUUAA